GCGACCAGUGACCGGUAAACUGCGAGAAAAGUCUCGAGAGCUGUGUGGUAUACAGUUUCACGCACGGCACACGUGUUCGUCCGCGUCCGUUACGCGAUUCCAGACCGUUCGGGAUUAACGAUAAGUAUAAUAUGAUAUGAAAUAUUUACAAUAAUAUUGUAAAUAAACGUGCGCGAACGAUUUACUCUUUUUUUUUUAAAUUUUAAUUUCUGUGACGAUAAAAACAAUAAUAAAAGCUAAAACAAAAAUUACCACCGUCCGGCCGCUUUUUAUACGCGUUUCGACACCCGAGUUAACGUAUUUUCGUUUUUUAAAAACAUCAAAUGAGACGGAAAACGAUACGCUGCGGUUGAGACCAUCAACACGUAUACAUCGCUGACCGGAUCGUAAAAAUGUACCGAUGUCGAACAAUCAAAACCAACAAGACGACACCUCGAUCGUUGAAAACCAAAAACUGUCAACACAGAUCGGAGGAACGUCAAUAUUGUUGGAACUGCAAUAGUCGAAUAAGUCCUCGAUGCGGUCGACGGCUGAGCAGGCACUUAGCCCGCUCUGUUUCGGUGCCUCCGACGAGGAACGUCCAUAAAUCAGUGCCAUAUAUUAUUAGAUCUAAGUCAAUGCCAUACCGCGAAAAGAACACCGGAAAAAUGCCUACGAACUUCGAAAAUUCUUCGAUCAAGACCUGUUUCUCAUUAUCGUCGCUGCAUCCCUCUACGGCCAAUGUAGAGGAUGGACAGCAAGCGGCUCAGAGACCAUAUAACAGUUUAACCAAAAAAAUCAAGAAAAAUGAAACCCCGAAUCAGGAUUGUUGGAGAGGUGAUAGUAGUUACGAGUUCUUGUCAAGUUUAAGGACAAGUUAUCAGUAUCUGAUGGACAACAAUUUGAUCGAAAGCUGCAGAGAAGUUGGAUACGACCUUAACAAUGCCUCACCGAUUCAGGAUUGGAAUGUUGAACAAUUAAAUAUCUACAUCAAAGAGUUAGAAAAAAGUUUUUGUUCAGGCUCUUCAUCAAAACCCAAUAGUUGCAAUUUGACAGAAAAUGUAUUAUCACCUAAAAGACUGAUUAUAAACGAAGAAGUUCGUAGACUGAAUAUAUUGCGUCAUAUAGCGCAACUAUCCAAAAGACUGCCACAUUGUCGAGAACCAUCAUUGAACCAAAGCUGCUCAUCCAUAUAUAAUGCAUAUUACUUAGAAGUAAAAUCAAAUUUGAGAUCUCUGGAUCAAUGGAUGGCCCAAAUGGAAGUGCGAUUGAAACCCAAUUAUUUUCGUAUCAAUUGGAACCGCCGUGAAAUAAAACAAAAAGCAGAAGAGCACAAGUGUAUUCACGGUGACAUUGAAACAAAGGGCAAAUGCGUCCGAUUGGUGUUAAAAUACUGCAAGUGGCUAGCUGACGAACAACAUCAACCAACGACCCCAGUACAUCAAGAGUUGGUGCAAACGGUACCACUACUAACCAAAAAAUCGAAGAAUUUCGAACAUCGGUGGCAGCUGUUGUAUAUAAGAUCAUUAGAGUGGAUCUGCUUCAUCGAAAGUCUAAACGUGAAAAAAUGUCGAAAGGACAGCAAUAGUUCUUCAGAUUGCGACGAAGAACCGGUUCACAAAUGUCCACGGUUAGUCGAUCAUAAUUUGUCAAAUUCUUCAGACGAUAAACAAGGUAAUACUGAAAUGGAAACUGAGACUUCACCAUCACCAGUCCUUCAAUCUGAACGAAUGUCAUUCGACGAUACGGCCAAUUUUCACAGGUCGGAUAGAAAGGGCCCAAACACCGCAACUUUCUACUACAGACAUUUAGAUACAGAUUCGGAACAAGAAUCCCAAAAGAAAUCUACUGUGGAAACUGAAGUCAAAACGUCCGAAUCGUCGGAAGAAGAAGAAUGGACGUACAGUUCUAAUGCGACAAAAGAAGUUAAAAAAUCAGAAGGGCCCAUGUCUUUGACAGAACAAGCCAACAUGGAACAAAUUAAAGCUUUGGUUAAAAACGUCAAGUGGCCGACAACUAAGGACAAGCACUCUGAAAAACUUUGGAUGUCUGGCAAUGGCGUGAAAAGAAUAAUUUUCCAACACGAAACGGUUGAUCCCGAAAACGAAGAGUUCAUCGGUGAUAGUUGUGAUGCUAGUGGUGAAUACACUACAGAAGACGACGAUCAGCAUUUCAUCUUAGAUAAUCAUUCUCAUUCUUCGCGGUCAUGUGAUAUAACCGUAGUGCAAACUCAGGAACUAGAUUUUUCUUCAAACCCAGGAAAUAUAAACGAAUUCAGUUCCCCAAAGGUUGUGUUGAGAUCAAAAACAAAUACUGGAAAUACAUUGAGACCAGUCAGCAUGUCUGGUCUACCUCAAAGUAGUCCUAAGGCUAGACUUCUGACCGAGUCCUGUCAAUUAUCCGUUUCCGAGUCGGCCCUCAAUCAUAUUUCUCAUGAACAAGUGUCUGUAAACGGCAGAGACUCGUCUACCAUCGAGGAAUCUACUGCAACUCAAACUCAAGACUGUUGUGGAUCUUAUAACACCAAUUCACUGAGGCGACGUAAACUUAAACACAGAAGAAAGAGUACCAUGGAAAGAAAAAGUAAAAGUGGAUCAGCUGACAGUCUGUCGUCUGUAGUCAAUGCUAUUGCCUGUAAUGAAAUGAUCAAUUCUGGUUCCUUUCCUGACUCUUUGUGUGGCAUUACUCAAAUUGAUUCACAACGAGUGGAUUCGGAAACCGAAGAAGAGAUUACCAAAGAGUCGAAACGUCCAGCCGUGCGUAAGCGUCCGAUGAAAAUGCCGGUGUUCCGUCUUGGCGAAUUCGGUGCCGUCACUCCUAGAGAAAAACGUUUUCCAUUGACCGCUCAACUGCCGUCAGGUACGACCACAGAUUUCAGUUCGUUUUCUGAACAGGCUUGGGACAGCUAUCAGGAAAAGUAUUUGAGUGAACCGUAUAGCGAGGAUCCGCCAGACCCAGAAUCGGUCAGACGGCUAUUGGACUUUGGUGACGAUUACAGAAAAUGCUUUGAUAGUCAAUCUGACUGUGCAUCUAGUAUUGGUAGACCAAGUUUUCUUGACGAUGAAACUUUUGAACAGGAUUCGUCAGAUUCUGUUCGUAAACUCAUCCUUCGAAGUCGAUUGCAAUUGAAUUACUUGGAUCAGGUACUUUCUAAACUCGUCGCGUAUCCGAAUUCAAACAUUACGAUCACAGAAAUUGGUCAGUUAAAACAACGGUGCAGAGAAAAUGAAUAUUGUCUCCGUUUUUGUUUAGAGGGAAUCAAAGAUAGCCAAACGUUUGUUUCAGUCAGUGACAUAGCAGAAAUCGAAAGUAUGGUUAAAAAGUGUGAACGUUUGGAACUAGAUAUCUCUAAACAAGAGAAAAUCCAAUUGCUAAAGACCGACAUAGCUGCGAUCAAAAGUCGUUUGAUGUCAUUUUUGCGUAAUGACCGGCUAGAUAGUAACGUACAAAACAAAAACGAACUCCAAGCCUUAAUCCACACUGCUAAGACUGAAUUAUCAAGUUUGGAUACUUAUUGGAGUAGUCGCAACAUAGUGAGCAUCACUGAGGAGUUAAACAGACACUUCAAUGAUUUGAACGAUUCAAAUAAUGUUUUGAAUCAUAUGAACAAAGAAGUCGCAGAUCUAUAUUCUAUUUAUGCUAACACCAGACAGAGAUUAGAAAGUGAGAUAUUAAGAUAUCAGAAUGCAUUGAUCACAUGGGCUGAGUGUGACAAACAGCUAAUGGAGCUUGAGAUGAAAUUCAAAAGUUUUGGUGAUGAUGGUGUGGUUGGUGGAAACCAAAAAUCUGGAUGUUUUGGGUCAGCUUCUGACAGUGGCAUGUCAGAUUCAGGUUCAGAACAUGAGCUCAAUGAACAUGAAAAACGAUUAGUUAACUUAAAACAACUAGCUAACAACUUGAUGACUAUUAUGACUCCAGGCAGUGAAGCACUAUCAUCAAUAUUAGCUAGAAUAGAGAAUAAUGAAAAACAGUUAAAAGAACUACAGCAGACUUGCAAAGAUCUCAUAGGAAGAUCAUCAGAACUUUGCAGUGAUGAUGACAAAUUGGAUGGCUGCGAAAGUCACAUUAACACCGAUAUUGUCGACGCGGACGUAACGGCGGAGGAAACUAUCGCGGAAACACCUCUCAACAAGAAGAUCAAGGACAACACCGCGCUACUCUGGCGCACGCUCCGGAUCGCAGUGCCGUUCUACCUGGCAGUCAUGAUCCUGUGCUCGAUCGGCUGGCUGGAACCGCAGUGCUGUGACUUACAGAACAAUUACAAGUGGUCGUUCGCGUUAGGUCUCCGGUACAUGAACGGACCGCCACCAACGUGAUUCUCGGGACACCGGAAUUCGACGUUCACUCCUUCCGAAUUGUUUUUGUUUAUUAUUUCCGUUUUUGUACAUAAUUAUCUAUACAUAUAAUUUGUUAUUUCAUUAUCGCCGUCAAAGACGGGGACGACGGUUCGGUAAUUGAUCGUUCGAGAGAAAAGUAUAGCACGCAUUAUACGAUGUUUUCACUCUCAUUCGACCCACUAUAUCAAGUCCUCUCAUCAAAAUCAACAACAUUCCUAACAAUUAUGAUUUACCUUAACUAUAUAUAUAUAUAUAUUAAAAAUUAAUAUAUUUUUCUUUUUUUUUUAAAUUAUUAUUUUUAUGUAUUAUGUAUAUUUUGAAUGAUAUUAUUUUUGUUUGAUAUCGUUUAGAACGAAUAUUUGCAAUUAAUGCGAAUCUUAUAAGCGUUUAUUUAUCAUCAACAUAAUAUUUCUAUAUAUAGGUUAUUUGUCGAAUGAGGUUAACAUUUAUUCGAUAGUUUCGAUUCGUUUUUAUAGUUUAUUUUGGUUUUUUUUUUAUCCAGACCAAUAUUACUUUGAUGCGGCGAUCGGUUGAUUUUACUUCACAUUGAUGUUUUUUAAGUACGAGAAUUCUUGUAAAACAAUUCUAUGUUUAUUUAUAUAUAUUAUACUUCAUAUAUCGAUCUUACGCACUCGAUAAUACUCAUUAUCAAGUCAAAACAAUUUUUAUUCGCGUGUGUGGGACACACAGGUGUUCAAUACAUUUCGUCAUCGCUGUAUAAGUAUGAGGGUGUAGUUUUCGGAAUGUUAUUUUUUUAAUUACCAUUUAUUAUAGUUAUCCAUUGUUUUUUUUUUUUUGUACGCCGCAUGUUACCAAUUUAAUUUUAACAUUAUAUACAGAGUACAAAAGUUAAAAACCUUAUUAUUAUAAUAUUCUUGUGGACACCAGAUCGUUUUUUUCACCCGAUUUGAUUUGUAUAAAUAAUUAUAUAAUAUUAUAUGUCUUCCACAACGCGGAUCGACGCAAAAUCGUUUCUGUCGAAAUACAUUCUAUAAGAUGUAACACAUUAAUUUGAUGACAAUCUAAUUCAGUGAUCAUAUUUUUUAUUUUAAUCAUAAGUUUACGAUUAAAGAAUCAAGUCGUCGAAUAUUUAAUAUAAUAUUAUUGUAAAUAUUUAUUGGGGACGAACAAGAAUAUUAUUUCGUUGUAUUUAUAUAAUAUAAUACGCGUAUGUAGUUAAUAUUAUAUAUAAUAUAGUUAUUAAACCGGGUAAAUAAAAUAGUACUACAAUAUUUUAUAUGUGCUCUAGAAUAAAAUUAUAAAACCAUUUUCGUCUGCGCUUUGAUGUGUAUGUCUUAUGAUUAUUAUUAUUCACUCUUUCUACUCCCACAAUAUAUAAUAAAUAUAUAUACUAUAAUUAUUAUUUAUCAAUGGUGAUAAUUUUAUCUCAAUUUUUUAUGAUUUAUCUAGUCUCAUUAUUUUAAUUUUUUGUUUUGUUACAUAUAUUAUAUUAUAUACCUCGUUACAACAACGUAUAUGGACGGACACCAAUAACGUAUACAGAAUAUAAUUAAUUAUGAUAUAAUAUAUCAAAAUUAAAUAUAUAAUAUUUAAUCGAUAUAGUGCAACAUUAAACCGCCGGUGUAACGUUUAACCGAGAGCUAUUAUAAUUCAAUUUUUGACUAUAUCGAAAUUGCAAAUGUAUAUUAUAUAAUAUAUUUGUGGGCGCAGAUAGCAUUUAUGAAUAAAUAUCAUAUAUUUAUGAAUAGAUAUAUUUUCAUGUCUAAACCUAAGUUUUUUUUAUGUGUAAUAAUAUAUGUUGCAUUUUUUUUAGUCGCGCACUGCAGCGACGGUAACAUAAAAUAAUAUUAAUAUUAUUUGUAACUGAAUUUAUUAUUAAUUAUUUUAUUUUUGAAUAAUAUAAUAAUAAUAAUAAUAACAAUAAUAAUAAUCAUCUUUUGACUAAUUUAUUAUUAUAAUUUUGUAACGCGUAAAUCAAGCGUACAUAAAUUUAAGUAUAAUAGUCGUGACAAUGCGACGCACGUCGGUUGUCCGUAUAAUAUUUGUACUUAAAUAUAAAUAAAUAAUAAUAUCGAGAUCGUGAUAUUGGCGUUUGAGUAAAGGGAUUUUUUUUUUACUUAAAAUGUAAUUCGUCUUUUAUCAAUAAUAAAAUAAAACAAUUGUUUUACACAAACA